UUUAUAAUCAUAAAUGGUACGUUAACUAUCUUGAUCAUUAAAAGGAGUAAACGUCAUCUCCGCUGUGAGGCGUACUACAACCCGGAAGUGACAGUUUACGAGCUGGUUUGUGUUUUCAAAAAUGUUAGCCACGAACGUGUGUGUGUGUGUGUGUGUGUAAAACGUUUUCAUGAGGUUUCACUGCAGAGAUGCCACGGUACUGCGCUGUCAAAGUCUGCAGAAACCGCGGGGGAAAUGCAUCUAGACAAGACAACAAGAGAAUAAGCUUCUAUCCGUUUCCGUUGCAAGACAAGCCCAGGCUUCAGAAAUGGGUGAACAACAUGAAGCGGGAGGAGUGGACCCCGAGUCGACAUCAGUACCUGUGCAGUGAGCAUUUUACAGAGGACUGCUUCGAUAUCCGAUGGGGUAUCCGCUACCUGAAGAACACAGCUGUACCGACCAUUUUCCCCUCCACUGAGGAUGAUGGUGAGAAAAAAGUUACAACCUUUAAAAGAAGCCCCAAGGCAAAGCCCAGGACUAUAGAUAUUGACAUUAAGCCCACAGGAAUCGACUUCCCUCUCAGUAACAGGCCUCUCAUUUUGAGCAGAACAUGCAGAAAGGUCCAUUUGAGUACAACAAACAACACCGUCGCGGAACACACAGAGGUGAUAUUUGAACCGCCUCUGGUGUCGGACACUGACAUCUCCUGUCAUUCAAAUCUCUCAGAGAUACAGACUGUUGCUUGUGAGAUACCGGGCGACACUGGAAUACCAACAGCUUCCUGCCUCGCACUUUCCUCAUGCAUUGAGCCCAAUUCUGAAGAGCAGGCUGACUCCACCGUGACUGUGUUAUGCUGUGAGACACUGGGCCCUUUCUCCGACGGAGAGGCAAACGUGGACUCAGCUGCCCUCCAAGCAGCAUUGGGCCAGGCUUUUAGCUUCGUCCCUGUGGAAAUGGUCACGGACCAACCCACGGGCUGCUUUCUGGAGGAGACGGGACCCGCUGAGGGAGAGCACAUCUCUAUUUACGAACACUCAUACUGCAGACCAGACACGGACAAAGAUCAGCUUUGGAGUAGGAUCUUGAGUUUGCAUGCAAAGAUCUUGGAACUGGAUCGCAGGGAGGAGAGCACCGUGGCCAAAAUCCAUGAUCUGGAGACAGAGAUAGCCCUCCUGAAGAGAGACGGUACUGCUUUUAAAGAGAAGCAGAAAGUUUUAGAAGAUUAUAUAUCAUCCGCAUUGCUCUGAUUCUGCAAGUAAUUACAAGCUAUGGACUCCAAAUGGGAUUGUGGAUGUGCAUGUGUUUUCACUGUUACCAUUCAGUCAGUUUUGCUGCUAUGUUGCACAUGCUCCCAUAUAUAAAGCACAUCAGUUAAAAUUGUGUCUUAUAAAAACUAUUGGUGCUCAGUGUUCUGUGACAUUGUUCUCAAAUUUCCAUAUUACAGUUGUAUAUUUGUUUUUGUCCACAUGGUGGCACUGUGUGACCGUCUUUACAGGAAGUGGUUCAAAGCCAAACUGAAGCCUUGAUUUUCUGCAGCUCUCUGUUGUGCAUUACAAAUGCAUAUCCAAGAUUUUCUGUUAGGUGUCUACACAAUUGGAUCUCUGAAGUGAUCGGUACCGUAUCCUAACUUAUUAAUGGCUCUUUUGCUUUUAUUACGCAAUGCCAUCAGCGUUGAUGUAUUUUAUCCCCUGGUCUGUGUUUGACAGUUGCCUUUAUCACACUUUCUUGGUUCAUUAUAUCAUUUCAUGGUGCAAAAGUGCUUUUUUUUUUUUUUUUGAAAUGAAAUGUUAAUGGGGAUUUUUAUGGGCUCACCAUGAAUCAAUACCUGGAUUCACAACUGCCUGUUUCCUCUUAAGCUUUGGUAUUUAUUUGACUGCAACAGCUACUUCUCGCUGUGUUGAUACACAUUAAAUCAAUUCUUGUGUUGUUUGACCUUGUUCAAACAACAUCAUUCACACAUGUUGUACAUGCAAUGCCUCCAGUGUCCUGGAGUCACCAGCAAUCAUGUCCGUGGAAGCAGAGGCUCAUUAUAUUUCUGUGCUGUGCUUGAUUGCCCGUCAUUCUGUGCAAUUUCCUGCAACUCAAAAAAUAUUCUGCUUUACAGAAAAACCAGUGAUGGAUUUGCUUUGAAGUAGAAUAAAGUGUACCUUAAAUAUGUUUCUUAAAGCAUGUGCCACUCUG